AUGGCUGUACCUGCUGGUGAUAUUGCUGCUGCCCGUGGCGUCUGGUCAAAAAUCUUUGCCAGCCCAGAGGACAAUGGUGGUGCAGUGUUAGCAAGGAUGUUCUCAGACCACCCAGAGACCAAGUCCUACUUUAGCCAUUUUGGUGGGCUGGAUGAGGGGUCAGCUCAGGUCAGAGCCCAUGGAAAGGUUGUACUAACAGCAUUAAAUGACAUGAUCCAGCACUUGGACAGCGCCGAUGGCUUCAAUGGGGUGGUCACCCCACUUGCUAAAAAACAUGCAACUCAGCUCAAGGUGGACCCCAAAAACUUCCGGGUCAUCUGCGACGUCAUUCUGGCAAUCAUUGAUGAAAAAUUUGGAGGUGAAGGUCGUGGAGGAAUGGAGAAAGUUGCCAGUGCUCUGUGUGGCCAAAUCAAUUCUGUGUACAAGGAGUCAGGCUGGUAAAAAACAAAAACAUAAAACACCGAUUAUGAGACA